AUGCAAGCAGCAUUAAGGGGAAGGAAGCACUACCCCACACAAAAUAUUCUUGCUGCUGUUGACUUUGAUCUGAAAUUUACUUAUGUCUUAGCUGGUUGGGAAGGGUCUGCUCAUGAUGCUACUUUUCUUGCUGAUGCACUAGAGAGGGAGGAUGGGUUAAGGGUUCCACCAGGAAAAUUCUACUUAGUAGAUGCUAGAUAUGCUUGUCGUCCUGGAUUCCUUCCUCCUUACCGUGGCAUUAGGUACCAUCUGAAAGAGUAUGGUGCUAGGAACUACCUAACCAACCCAAGGGAGUUGUUUAAUUUGAGGCAUUCAAGUCUGAGAGUUUCUGUUAAAAGGGCUUUUGGUGCUUUGAAGAACCGUUUUAGCAUAAUUGAUAAUAAACCAUUUCAUCCCUACAAGACACAAGUGAAGAUAGUACUUGCUUGCUGCAUAUUGUAUAAUUGGAUACUUGGGCAUGGGGUUGAUGAGGUAGUUCCUGCUGAGUUCUCAUGGGUGCCCAACAAUAAUGCAAGUCCUAGACAUGGGGUCCAGAUGGAUGACAAUGCUGUUUGGGCUCAAAGGGUGUGGCAAUUGGAAAUAGGAAUGGCUGAGAAGAUGAAUGCUGAGAUCCUUGCUGCUGAUGAGCUUGUUUUCCCUGGUGGGGUUGUUGGGGCUGUUGGGGCUGAUGGGGAUGAUGGGCCUGUUGGGGCUGAUGGGGCUGUUGGGGUUGUUCCUGGUGGUGCUCAGCAGAGACCUGCUAUGAGGUGGACAGAUGUGAUGUCUGGAUUUAUUCUUCACCGCAUGUGCCAGCUAAUUUCAACCGGUGUCAGGACUGAUAAAGGUUUCAAAGAAGUCCACCUCAACCAGGUUGCCAAGGCUCUGCAUGAGUUCAGUGGCAAUGAAGUCACUGGCACACAAGUGUAUAACCACUUGAGGAAGUGGAGGCAAAGGUGGGUUAAAAUCUCAAAGCUGAGAGAGUUGAGUGGAGCUCUGUGGGAUGGGGACAAUUCCAUGAUUCUACUUAAGGAGGAGCACUACAAUGGCCACAUCAAGGCACACCCCAAAGAUGUUGAGUACCUGAACAAGCCAAUUCAUCACUACCAGAAGAUGAUGGUCAUCUUUGGUAAUAGUCAGGCAACAGGUAAGUAUGCUAUGGGGUCAAAUGAGGCUCUUGGUAGUCCUUCUGACAUUGCUGACAGCCCAAUGAAGCAUGACCUGCCUGAGGAGCUUAAGAGUGGCAAGACUGAGGCAGCUUAUGUUUCCAAGUCAGAACCACUUGUUGGAAGCAAGAGAAAGAGGUCCAUGCUGUCAGAUGAGGAUGUCCUUGUGUUCACUGGCAUGACUGAUGCAGUGAACAAUAUUGCAGAUGCUAUACGUUCUACCAAGGUUGAGGAUUCCCACCCUGACUUGUAUGGUGCAUUGAUGUACAUGCCAGGGUUCAGUGAGGAAGCUCUAAUGGUUGCAUAUGGUCACCUGCUUAACAAUAAGGCCCAGGGAUCUGCUUUUGUGAAGAUGUCUGACUCACACCGUACAUCUAUAGCCUGGUAUGUUGUUCAUGUUGACCGACAACCUGGAGUUUACUCCAAUUGGGUUGAUGCCCAUGCUCAGGUCAGUGGCUACAAGGGUGCUUGCCACAAGAAGUACAAGUCAAGUGAAGAAGCAUUUGCAGUCUUCUACGGUCUUCAAAAUAAAGAGGUCAAGCCAACUGCAUCACAUGAACCUGUUGCUUCGAAGAAGAUGGAAUUAUGGAAUGUUAAAGAUGUAAUUAUAGUUGUUCAAUUUGUAAUCAUUGCCUUUUUGGUUUGCAAGUUGCUGUAA